CUUCUCACUUGAUUAUGAUAAUUUUCUUUAAAUGCCAACUACAAGAAAAAUAUUUGCAUAUAUAAUUAUAUAGUCUCUCCCUUUCCCUCUCCUUCUCCCUCCCCCUCUCUCACACACACACAAACACACACCUCUUAGAUCUCUCUCAAAGCAUAAUUGUAAAGCCAGAAGGAAGAAUUACUUGUGAACAAAUAUGUUGAGUCAACUCAUGAAAGCAAGCUAGAUCUAGCUUGGCAGGUCAUGACUUGCACUGGAAUGGCCUUCUUCCCAACCAAUUUCAUGCUACAAGCUUCUCAUGAAGAUGACCAUCAAACCCCUUAUUUUCUUUCUCCAAUUCUCCAACCUUGCAGCAAUACUCAGGACUUUAAUGGAUCAGUUGCCUCAUUCUUAGACAAAAGAUCAAUGCCGUAUGCCGCGGAUGUUUGCGAUCAAGAAACCAACAAUGGUGAUGAUGAAGGAUCGGAUGAUGGAUUGAUUGGUGGAGAGAAAAAGAAAAGAUUAAACAUGGAACAAGUGAAGACACUUGAAAGAAACUUUGCUUUAGGGAAUAAGCUUGAUCCAGAGAGGAAAAUGCAGCUUGCAAAGGCACUUGGGCUGCAACCAAGACAGGUUGCCAUUUGGUUUCAAAAUAGAAGGGCAAGAUGGAAAACCAAGCAAUUGGAAAAGGAUUAUGAUGUGCUCAAGAAGCAGUUUGAAGCUAUCAAAGCUCAAAAUGAUUCCCUUCUAUCUCAAAAUCACAAACUUCAUGCCGAGAUAAUGGCACUCAAGAACAAGGAACCAACCGAAUCAAUCAACCUCAACAUCAAAGAAACAGAAGGAUCUUGCAGCAACAAAAGUGAAAACAGUUCUGAGAUCAAACUAAACAUUUCAAAAAUACCGGUACCAGAUAGCCCGAUAUCGUCACAACAUCAUCACCACCAUCAUCAGAUCUUCCACAACUCAUCAUCACGGCCCGAAUAUGAUCAUCAUCAUAAUCAUCCUCAUGCCCUUAAACUUGAUCAACCGGUUAACAAUAAAGACGAAAGCUUGUGCAAUAUGUUUGUUGGCAUGGAAGAUCACUCAGGGUUUUGGCCAUGGUUAGAACAACAACCACAAUUCAACUGAAUGGACAAGAAAAACUGGUUUGGACUAUUAAAAUUCUUGUUAAUUGGGAUUUGCAUGUUCUUUAUGUUUAAAUUCUUGUUUUCAGUACUUGAAUUAAGUAUGUAUAAAUUAUAAGAAGAAAAAGAGAGUAUUCUUUACUUAAGUUUUUAAA